AUGCAGCUGGACGCCUUCCGCCUGCACCUCCUCAGAGGCAGCAUCGCCGCCUCCGCCCGAUGGAUCCACCGCGGACUCCGGCACGUUCCGACGGUCGUUGACAUACGCUCCGCCGACGACAGCAUUCCACCUAACGAGACGCUGCACCUCGUGCAUGUCAAGAUCAUCGAGGGCUUCACCAAGGACCUCGGCCACUACUGCCCGGUGCUCGAGGAGCUCCACAUGGAGAGCUCAUGCUCAUGCUCGAGGACCUACGGCACCGGAGCCGGACCCCUCAUGCUCAUGGCUCCACGCCUCGCAUCCAUCCGUCUCGACAUACCACAUGACCGCUGGCGGUACUAUUACCACGCCGACGCUGUAGCAUUCGACCCACAGCCACUGCCAUUGCUCGCCGACGCGUCGAUCCGGCUCACCGGCCAAUACAAGCACCACCCAGACCGGCCGCUUUGGCAAGCGCGCAAGCUUGACUUCGUGAAGUCCGUGAGCAGCUUCAUAGCUUUCCUCCCCAACGUCGCAAAUCUACAUCUCUCGGGCUUCACCGUCGAGGAAUCAUUGCAAGAAGAAUUUCUAGAAUUUCCGGUGCUCCAUAAUUUGAAGACACUGCUCAUGGAAGAAUGUGGUGUCGGAGCCAGCUUCCUGGUCUUGACAAGCAUCCUCCGGAGCACGACUAACUUGGAGAAGCUUGGAUUGCACCAGUGCAUUGUUGGACUGGCUGGAGACUCUGUGUGGGAAAAGUCCACCUAUAUGGAGGGAUGGUUUACCGCGUAG